AUGAGCUUGUCCCUGCUGCAAAGCUACUCCUCGGCUGAGGAAGAAGGAGGAGGAAACGGAGAACUAGGAGACCCACAAUAUAAUAACUCCUCGGACGAUGAAGAGAACUGCGCCGUUUUAAAGAACCCUUCGUACAAACCCUUGUUCGAUCCAAAUCCAUCCUCCUCUUCUUCCCUCCCAUCUGCUUUUGAUGCAUUCUCCGAAGUUGUAGGGCCGCCGAGGUUUCUGAACAAUCAUGUCCAGGAAGAAGUGGCGAAAGAGGAGAACGAUGGGCGGCGUUGGCGGCAUGGUGGCCGGAGAAACCGUAGAGAUAAAAAAGAUUUACCUGCCGGGGCUGUAGUGGAGUCUAAAGCUCAUUUAGUAGGAAUCCACGAGAGAGUGAGAAGUGAUGCUGGAAGCAACAUUCCCCAGAGUCAAAAUAAUGGUUCUGUGGGAAAUUCACAAGGUGUAAAGCGCGUGGCAACUGCUGGCAACCCAAAUUUAGAAGAUGCGGCAGAACUACUGAGGAUGUGUGUGAGGUGUGGAAUCCCGAAAACAUACUCUCAUACAAGGGGAAUAGUGUGCCCUGUAUGUGGUGAUCGCCCUCCCACAGACACAGAAGAGCCUGUCAGGAAAAAAGAAUCAACUAUUAAGGAUAAGGAAAAGAGUAAGAGGAUGAGAGGUCAAUCCUCACAUGCUACUUGGAAAAGCGAGACAGAAAUGCAUCUCCGACAACAGUUUGAUUAG